AUGAAGAUGCUCACCAAGUUCGAGUCCAAGUCAUCCAGGGCUAAAGGUGUGGCUUUCCACCCCAAGAGACCCUGGGUGCUUGUUGCCUUGCACUCGCUGACCAUUCAGUUAUGGGAUUACCGUAUGGGAACACUUAUUGACCGGUUUGAAGAUCAUGACGGUCCAGUUAGAUGUGUGGAUUUCCAUCCAACGCAGCCGCUUUUCGUAUCUGGUUCUGAUGAUUACACUGUCAAGGUGUGGUCGUUGAACACGCGCAAGUGCAUCUUCACUUUGACUGGCCACUUGGACUACCUUAGAACCGUGCAAUUUCACCACGAUUUGCCAUGGAUCUUGUCGUGUUCCGACGACCAAACAAUUCGUAUCUGGAACUGGCAAAACAGACAAGAGAUUGCUUGUUUGACGGGCCAUAAUCACUACGUGAUGCUGGCACAAUUCCAUCCCUCAGAAGACUUGAUUGUGUCUGCUUCUUUGGACCAGACCGUGCGUGUUUGGGACAUCAGUGGCUUGCGUAAGAAACACAGUGCACCCACUUCGUCCGCUCGCUCGUUUGAGGACCAAUUGCAACGCAAACAGUUGCCUCAACAGGACAUUUUUGGCAAUGUCAAUGCGGUAGUCAAAUACGUAUUGGAAGGUCACGACAAGGGUGUCAAUUGGGCUGCAUUCCACCCCACUUUGCCUUUGAUUGUGUCUGCCGGUGACGACCGUUUGGUCAAAUUGUGGCGUAUGAGCGACACCAAGGCCUGGGAGGUGGACACCUGCCGUGGACACACUGGAAAUGUGCUUAGUGCCGUGUUCCAUCCUCACCAGGACUUGAUCAUCUCCGUUUCAGACGACAAGACCAUUCGUGUGUGGGAUUUGAACAAGAGGACUCCUGUCAAGCAAUUCCGUAGAGAAAAUGACCGUUUCUGGUUGAUUGCCUGCCACCCAUCCAUCAACUUGUUUGCUACUUGCCACGACUCCGGUGUUAUGGUGUUCAAGCUAGAGCGUGAGAGACCAGCACAUGCUAUCUUCCAGAACAAGUUGUUCUACGUUAACUCUGAGAAACAGAUCCAAAGUUACGACUUCCAGCGCAAUGAGGCAUCGUUGCCAAUGUUGCUGUUGAAGAAGAUCGGAAAGACCUGGUCCUUCAUGAGAACCUUGUCGUACAACCAAUCGGACAAUUCAGUGUUGGUCACCCACGGCGAGGGCGACAAUGGCAUGUACGCUUUGGUUGCUCUUCCAAAACAUGUCACCGGAGCCAUUGAGCCCACCGACGUGAGACUGGGUGAGGGUAACUUUGCCUGUUUCAUUUCUCGUAACAGAUUUGUCACCUUCAUUAAGUCUUCCAAGAUUUUGUAUGUCAAGGACAUGAACAACAACGUGACCAAGACCGUCCAGUUGGACUCGUCGGUCGUGGAUGUGUUGUACGGAGGCCCUGGACGUGUUUUGCUUGUCAAGGCUCACUCGGUUAUCAACUACGAUGUGCAACAGAGAAAGGAGUUGGGUGAGUUGAGUGUCAACAACGUAAAAUACGGAUCGUGGUCUGCUGACGGCCAGUACUUGGCUUUGUUGUCCAAGCACACUAUCACCAUUGCCACCAAGGACUUGGAAUUAGUCACCUCUAUGCACGAGACCAUCAGAAUUAAGAGUGCCGCCUGGGACGACUCAGGAGUGUUGUUAUACUCUACAUUGAACCAUAUCAAGUACACCUUGUUGAACGGAGACAAUGGUAUCAUCAAAACCUUGGAGAACACCUUGUACAUCACCAGAGUCUCUCAGACUACUGUGUACUGUUUGAACCGUGCUGGUGAGGUGGAGAUCUUGACCAUCGAUCCUACUGAGUACAGAUUCAAGAGAUCUUUGGUCAACAAGAACUUCAAUGAGGUCUUGAGAAUCAUCAAGAACUCCAACUUGGUGGGCCAGAAUAUCAUUGCCUACUUACAGAAGAAGGGCUACCCUGAGAUUGCCUUGCAAUUCGUGCAAGACCCUGAGACCAGAUUCGACUUGGCUUUGGAGUGUGGUGAUUUGGCUAUUGCGGAGACAGAGGCCAACAAAUUGAAGGACAAGGUGAUCUGGGAGAAGUUGGGCCACGAAGCUUUGACACAAGGUAACGUUGAGGUUGUUGAGAGGGUUUACCAGCAAUUGGAGUUGUUUGACAAGCUUUCAUUCCUCUAUUUGCUCAAGGGUGACCUGGAGAGAUUGAGCAAGAUGUCCUUGAUCGCGAACGCUCGUGGUAAUGUCUCUUCACUCGUCCAGAACACUUUGUACAACAAUGAUGUGGAGUCUAGAAUCGAUGCAUACUUAAGAGGUGGUUUGUACCCAAUGGCUUACACCUUGGCUGCUUCCAACGGUAUGAACGAUAGAGCCAACCAGAUUUUGGAGGCUGCUGGUGUCGGAAUCAAUGAUGUCCAAAUGCCAGAGUAUCAGGCUCCUUCCCAGUUGCCUGUUCCUGUCAAUGCAUCUGGAAACUGGCCACUCAAGGAGAGCAAGAUGUCUUUCUUCGAGACUGCAUUGGUCACCGGACAGGUUGAGAAUUUGAGUAUUGAGGAAGAGGUUCCUAAGUCUGCUGAGAAUGGCAAUGGUAUCGACUUCAACGAUGUUGGCUUCGACGAGGAUGGUGAUGAAGAUGAUGGCGGUUGGGACAUGGAAGAUGACGACCUUGAUAUUGGCGACAAGUUUGAUGAUGUUCCAGAAUCGCAAGAAGUUGAGGCAACCACCAAGGUGGAGGGCGCCGAUGGAGAAAUCGCUCACUGGCUUCGUAAUAACAAGACUGCUGCGGGAUAUGUUGCAGUUGGAGCCUUUGAUCAGGCAGCUUCCUUGUUGAACAAGCAACUCGGUGUAUCUAACUUUGAGCCAUUGAGAAAGCGUUUCAUGGAGGUUUACUCCUGCAACAAGCUCUAUUUGCCUGGUGUCGAUGAGUUACCAGCCAUGAAGGACUAUAUCAGAGCCGACAAUGACGAUGAUGAUCCUAACAGAUUCAGACCAUAUAUUCCUGGGUUCGAUACUUUGGAAGAAAAGUUGAGUUCUGCGUUCAAGUUCUUCAGAGCCAACAACUUGGCCGAGUCCAUUGCUACUUUCAGAGAGAUCAUCUACACAAUUGGUGUGUUGACCGUUGAAAAUGAGGAAGAAGAGGCUAAGUGUGAUGACGUGUUGACGUUGUGCAGAGAAUACAUCUUGGGAUUGUCGAUCGAGUUGGAGCGUCGUUCGCUUGAUCCAUCGGAUGUGGUGCGUAACUUGGAAUUGGCAGCCUAUUUCACUAGAGCUAAGCUCCAGAACGCUCACAGAGUCAACGCUCUCCAAGUUGCCAUGCUGCAAUCGUUCAAGAACAAGAACUAUUCCAGCGCGUCAUUCUUUGCUUCUGAGCUCUUAUCCAUUGUAUCCAGUGGAGCUAAGGCCGAACAGGCUCAGAAGAUCAAGGCUAGAGCCGACACCAUCUCCAGUGAUGCUGUGGAGAUCGACUUUGAUCCAUAUGCGGACUUUGAUAUCUGCUGUGCUUCGUUCACGCCUAUAUACAAGGGAUCACCAUCUGUGUCCGAGGCUUUGGUUGGAGCCAAGUAUAAGCCUCAAUAUGAGGGAGAGGUGUGCCGUAUCACCCAAAUCACCUCUAUUGGCGCACCGGCAUCUGGGUUACGUAUUCGUGCCUGA